AUGUCUCUAGUCAAGAUACUCCUCAUAUUCGCCAGCACCCUGGCCGCUAUACAUUCUGCGACGCCGCCUAAUCCGCAAGUCGCACAUGAUGCAAGACCGAAGGCACUUCCCGCGUGGGAGCGCCUCUUCUCGGCUGUCUCGAAAGAACUCAGUCUGACAUUCAGGUGUCUCAUGUACAUCGGCGGCACCUUGGAGUCACUCGUCAUCCUCGCAGAUGCAUAUCCCAAGAAUCCCCUCUCGCAGAUGGUCCUCCAGGCAUUGAUCAAUGGUUCCAGGUCUCUCGCUCACAGAAUCAACAUCUCUCCACAAUUCCUCGUUGGUGCCGCACUCGCGACGUGCGGCGGAUACGUCCGCUAUCUAUGCUACCGCGCCCUAGGGCGGCACUUCACCUUCGAAGUGUCAAUCCUCGAUAGACACCAACUCAUCACAUCGGGUCCCUACGCGUACAUCCGUUAUCCCAGUUACCCGGCAUGGAUCGCCAGCAUUAUCGGGCUUGCGAUGUGCUUCACUAGUCCAGGAUCAUGGUUGGUUGAAUGCGGUGUGGUCAAUACUGCGGCGGGGCGGAUGGGUAUAGGGCUAUACGCAGCGAUAACCCUCUAUACUGUGAUUGGCUUCGCGAAGCGGAUGGAACACGAGGAGGCUUUAUUGAAGACAGAGUUUGGGAAGCAGUGGGAUGAAUGGGCGAUGAGAGUUCCGUACCGGAUGAUACCUUAUGUCUGGUGA